UCUUGUUCCUCUCUCUUUCCUCAACAUCCUGAAUCCUUGAUUUUAUCUAUUUAUAUACAUUUAAAAACUUAAGUCACAUUUUACUUCCCCUGAUUUCUCCUCUCAUUAAUAUUUUGCAGUUCAUUUAGAUUUUUUUGAUUCCACAAUCAUCUCCAUGAAAUGAGUAAAUCAAAAAACAUAAUCACUGCAAUUAUCUUCCUUUCAUGUUUUCUUAUCAUCUUUCCCUCAAAUUCUUCAGCAGAAAAGAACAGUUAUUAUCCUUUCUAUAGAAAGGGAUUCAAUCACACAUCCGAUUCCGAAUUCUUCACAACUCUAGGUACAGCUUCAAUUCAUGGAGGAGCUCUUCAAAUAACUCCAGAUACAAUGAAUGACAAAAGCUAUCUCAUAGAAAAAUCUGGUCGAGCUAUGCUCAACCGCAGAUUCAAGAUUUGGGAAGAAUCAAAAACUGGAAACGCUUCUUUAGAUGUGAUUCUUUCUUUCAAUUCAACUUUUACUAUAAAUGUUUAUCCCACUGUACCAAAAGUAUCCCCUGCUGAAGGUUUAGCUUUUAUAAUUGCUCCUAAUAUUAUUGAUUUUCCUUCGAAUAGUUAUGGUGAGUACUUGGGGUUAACAAAUAGUUCUACAGAUGGAAAUCCAAACAAUAGAUUUGUUGCAAUCGAGUUCGAUACAUCCAAACAAGCUUUCGACCCGGAUAAUAACCAUAUUGGGUUAGAUAUCAACGGUGUUAAUUCAACCAAAACAGUUUCUUUAUCAGAUUAUGGUAUUGUUAUCGCUCCGGAUCAGGAUGUGACGAAGAAUAACACAGUUUGGAUCCAGUACAAUGGCACUACGAAGGUUCUUGAUGUUUACAUGGCACUUGAAGGAAGCCCCAGACCUAAGCACCCGUUACUCAGUGAAAUCAUGAACCUAAAAACUCAUCUCAACCAGUACUCUUACUUUGGGUUCGCAGCUUCAACUGGAAAAACAGCUCAGCUCAACUGUGUUCUUAUGUGGAAUCUAACGGUUGAAAUUAUUCCAGAAGAGAAAGAUCAUACAAAGUUAUAUAUUGGAUUGGGUGUUGGAAUUCCAGCAGUGAUAAUUCUGGUAGUUCUACUGGGGAUUUAUGGGUAUUACUGGAAUGAACGAAGACAUGUCGAUGAUCCUAAUAUUUUAGGAGCAUUGAAAAGUUUACCAGGAACACCAAGAGAGUUCUUGUUCAAGGAGUUGAAAAAAGCUACAAAUAAUUUCGACGAUAAAAUGAAAUUAGGUCAAGGUGGAUUUGGGGUAGUUUACAAAGGUGUGUUAGCUAGUGAGAAUAAUACACCUAUUGCAGUCAAGAAAUUCUCAAGAGAAAGCAUCAAGGGCAAAGAUGAUUUCUUAUCUGAACUCACCAUCAUCAAUCGUCUCCGCCAUAAACAUCUCGUCCGCCUUGAAGGUUGGUGUCAUAAAAAUGGAAUGCUGCUAUUGGUUUAUGAGUACAUGCCAAAUGGGAGUCUUGAUCAUCAUUUGUUCGGUGGCUCUGAGAAAACAUUGAGUUGGGGUCAUAGAUACAAGAUCACGUAUGGUAUUGCUUCAGGUUUGCAUUACCUCCACAAUGAAUACAACCAGAAGGUGAUACACAGAGAUCUCAAAGCCAACAAUAUAUUACUCGAUUCGAAUUUUAAUGCUCGAUUAGGUGAUUUCGGUUUGGCUCGUGCAAUUGAUAAUGAGCGGACGUCGUAUGCGGAGCUCGAAGGUGUGCCUGGAACAAUUGGAUAUAUAGCACCGGAAUGCUUUCAUACAGGGAAAGGCACCAGAGAGUCUGAUAUAUAUGGAUUUGGAGCUGUUGUUCUUGAAGUGGUAUGUGGUCAACGACCAUGGACUAAAGUCGGAGGGUUUACUUGUUUGGUUGAUUGGGUCUGGAAAUUAUACCGAGAAGGGCGAAUUUUAGACGCAGUUGACAAAAGAUUGGGUGAGGAUUAUGUGCCAGAAGAAGCCGAGAAACUGCUGUUACUAGGACUUGCUUGUUCACAUCCUAUAGCAAAUGAAAGACCAAAAACACAACUCAUCUUUCAGAUUGUGUCCGGAUCAGGGCAAGUUCCUUUACUUCCUCCUUUCAAACCUGCUUUCGUAUGGCCUAGUAUGGAACCUCUUGACGGAGAUGAGCGAAGAAGUACGACAUCUACGCCUGAUGAAACACCUAUGAAUUCCUCGUUUUAUGGGACUUCAGGGUGGAGUUUGGAUGGCGAGAGCAGGGAAAGCUACGUCAGAUACAGUGAUAUCACCACUAAGGUCUAGAUUCUUCUUUUGCUGCUGCAUAUAUCCAUUCUCAUCUUGUCCUUAGUUUGUGCGCGUUUAGUUCUGAAUGUAACUGAAGUACAGGUGUGACUGCAGACAUAUAUCCUUGUCUUUCCAAGUGCAAACUUGUUGCUCCUUUUCAAUAUAUACAAAGUGUAAGCUUUUGUCCUUUAGUUUGUGAACGUUCAUAGAACGUCUAGUCAGUGAGAUGGAAUAGGUUGGAAUUCUUCUCUUUUUUUUUCUUUUUUUCUUUUGAUCUUUCUUUUUGGCUUUAAAAGCUAAUGUGUUGUGUAGUAGUAGUGGUUACACUUACUGUACAGGAUUGAAUAAAAUUUAUUGGGAUUCUUUAAACAAAAGUAUUGAAUUAUG